CGGAGGAGCAUCAUGCCGAGGAGGAAGCAGCAGGCGCCCCGGCGCGCAGCAGCCUACGUAUCAGAGGAGCUCAAGGCUGCUGCCUUGGUGGACGAAGACAUAGACCCGGAAGAGACUCUGGCAGAUGGCGAGCCCUCAGCUAAAUACGUGUGCCCGGAGAAGGAGCUCACCAAGACCUGCCCCAGUUACCAGAACUCCCCGGCUGCUGAGUUCUCCAGCCACGAGAUGGACAGUGAGUCGCACAUCAGUGAGACCAGUGACCGGAUGGCUGACUUUGAGAGUGGCUCCAUCAAGAAUGAAGAGGAGGCCAAGGAGGUGCCCGUGCCCCUGGAGGACACCACCGUGUCGGACAGCUUGGAGCAGAUGAAAGCCGUGUACAACAAUUUCCUGUCCAAUUCGUACUGGUCCAACCUCAACCUCAACCUGCACCAGCCCUCCUCGGAGAAGAACAACGGCAGCAGCAGUAGCAGCAGCAGCAGCAGCAGCAGCUGCGGCAGCAGCAGCUUCGACUGGCACCAGAGCGCCAUGGCCAAGACGCUGCAGCAGGUGUCGCAGAGCCGCAUGCUGCCCGAGCCCAGCCUCUUCAGCACCGUGCAGCUGUACCGGCAGAGCAGCAAGCUCUACGGCUCCAUCUUCACGGGAGCCAGCAAGUUCCGCUGUAAGGACUGCAGCGCCGCCUACGACACCCUGGUGGAGUUGACGGUGCACAUGAACGAGACGGGCCACUACCGCGAUGACAACCAUGAGACCGACAACAACAACCCCAAGCGCUGGUCCAAGCCCCGAAAGCGCUCCUUGCUGGAGAUGGAAGGCAAGGAGGAUGCCCAGAAGGUGUUAAAGUGCAUGUACUGCGGCCACUCCUUUGAGUCCCUGCAGGACCUGAGUGUCCAUAUGAUCAAAACGAAACACUACCAAAAAGUGCCUCUGAAGGAACCCGUCACCCCUGUCGCAGCCAAAAUCAUCCCCGCCACGCGCAAGAAAGCCUUGCUGGAGCUCGAGCUCCCCAGCUCCCCAGAUUCCACCGGCGGGACCCCCAAAGCUGCGCUGACAGACACGAACGAUGCGCUUCAGAAGAACUCCAACCCCUACAUCACGCCAAAUAACCGCUACGGCCACCAGAACGGGGCCAGCUAUGCGUGGCACUUCGAGGCCCGGAAAUCGCAGAUCCUCAAGUGCAUGGAGUGUGGCAGCUCCCACGACACACUGCAGGAGCUCACAGCCCACAUGAUGGUGACUGGCCACUUCAUCAAGGUCACGAACUCUGCCAUGAAGAAGGGCAAGCCCAUCAUGGAGACCCCCGUCACGCCCACCAUCACGACGCUGCUCGACGAGAAGGUACAGUCCGUGCCCCUGGCAGCCACCACCUUCACGUCCCCUUCCAACACGCCUUCGAGUGUCUCCCCGAAGCUGACCGUGGAGGUCAAGAAGGAAGUGGACAAAGAGAAGGUCAUCACAGAUGAAAAGCCUAAGGAAAAGGAGAAGGCCAUCGAAGAAGAGGAAAAGUAUGACAUCUCUUCCAAAUACCACUACCUGACAGAAAAUGACUUGGAAGAGAGUCCCAAGGGGGGCUUAGAUAUCCUGAAGUCCCUGGAAAACACAGUGACGUCCGCCAUCAACAAGGCCCAGAACGGCACUCCCAGCUGGGGGGGCUACCCCAGCAUCCAUGCCGCCUACCAGCUCCCCAACAUGAUGAAGCUGUCCCUCGGCUCAUCAGGGAAGAACACGCCCCUGAAGCCCAUGUUCAGCAACAGCGACAUCGUGUCCCCCACGAAAAGCCAGACCCUGGUCUCGCCCCCCAGCAGCCAGACCUCACCCAUGCCCAAGACGAACUUCCAUGCCAUGGAAGAGCUGGUGAAAAAAGUCACUGAGAAAGUCGCCAAAGUCGAGGAGAAGAUGAAGGAGCCGGAGGGCAAGCUGUCACCCCCCAAGCGGGCGACACCCUCCCCAUGCAGCAGCGAUGUCAGCGAGCCCGUCAAGAUGGAAGCAGCCAGUGAUGGGAGCUUCAAGAGCCACGAGGGCAGCCCCAGCCCCCAGCGGGAUGGGGGCAAGGAGGGGAGCCCACCGGCAGAGCCUGUGGAGAAUGGCCAGGAGCUGGGGAAGCCGCUGGCUGCUGGGGGUCUGAGCAGCAGUACAGCCAUCAUCACCGACCACCCACCGGAACAGCCUUUUGUGAACCCUCUGAGUGCCCUCCAGUCGGUCAUGAACAUCCACCUGGGCAAGGCCGCCAAGCCCUCCCUGCCUGCCCUCGACCCCAUGAGCAUGCUGUUCAAGAUGAGCAAUAGCUUGGCUGAGAAGGCGGCAGUGGCCACCCCGCCGCCCCUCCAGUCCAAGAAGGUAGACCACCUGGACCGCUAUUUCUACCACGUCAACAACGACCAGCCCAUAGACUUGACAAAAGGGAAGAGUGACAAAGGCUGCUCUCUGGGUUCAGUGCUCUUGUCACCCACAUCCACAUCCCCGGCAACCUCCUCAUCCACAGUGACAACAGCAAAGACAUCUGCCGUCGUAUCGUUCAUGUCAAACUCGCCGCUGCGCGAGAAUGCCUUGUCAGAUAUAUCUGAUAUGCUGAAGAACUUGACAGAGAGCCACACAUCAAAAUCUUCCACUCCUUCCAGCAUCUCUGAGAAGUCUGACGUUGAUGGGGCCACGUUAGAGGAGGCUGAGGAGUCGACGCCCGCGCAGAAGAGGAAGGGCCGCCAGUCCAACUGGAAUCCCCAGCACCUGCUGAUCCUGCAGGCCCAGUUCGCCGCCAGCCUCAGGCAGACCUCCGAAGGCAAGUACAUCAUGUCAGACCUGAGCCCCCAGGAGCGGAUGCACAUCUCCAGAUUCACGGGCCUCUCGAUGACCACCAUCAGCCACUGGCUGGCCAACGUGAAAUACCAGCUUCGAAGGACAGGUGGAACAAAGUUCCUCAAAAACUUAGACACCGGCCACCCCGUGUUCUUUUGUAAUGACUGCGCGUCGCAAAUUAGGACUCCUUCCACCUACAUCAGUCAUCUGGAGUCCCACCUGGGCUUCCGCCUCCGGGACUUGUCCAAACUGUCCACCGAACAAAUCAACAAUCAGAUAGCACAAACCAAGUCGCCGUCAGAAAAACUGGUGACGUCCUCCCCGGAGGAGGACCUGGGGACCUCCUAUCAGUGCAAACUCUGCAAUCGGACCUUUGCCAGCAAGCAUGCGGUCAAACUUCACCUUAGCAAAACCCACGGGAAGUCACCGGAAGAUCACCUCCUGUAUGUGUCCGAACUAGAGAAGCAGUAGCAUUCGCUUUUGGUUGAAAAGACUCCGGUUUUGCUUUGAGGGAAACUGUGGAAAGCCCCUCUGUCUCGUUCUUGGCACAUGUUCCUAUUUUAACUGCAGAGGUCCUCCAUCCCCCUCCCCCACCCCGGGCUGGACUGUUUUGUAUAACUGUACAGUGUUUAAUAGAGGUGCAUAAUCAGCUGUUGUUACUGGUAAAAUAUGAAGGUUAAAAU